UCUGUUAUCUCAAGACGUCUUCAAGAUUUCGACACUUUUAGUCUGUCAAGAAUUGUGUUGCUAUCCAGGCAAUUUCUUUUGCUGAAUUCAUAGCUGAAAGCAAUACCAUCGGCAGAAAUUCGAUUGAACUUAGAUUAUGGCAUCUUCAAAUCAUAUCGCAAUAUUAAGUGUUUCUGACAAAACUGGACUUAUUCCUUUUGCUAAAAAAUUGGCACAAGUUGGCUUAAAAUUAGUUGCAUCUGGUGGGACUGCAAAGGCAUUAAGAGAUGCUGGAUUAGAAAUCAGAGAUGUUUCUGAAUUAACUGGGGCACCAGAGAUGCUUGGUGGUAGAGUUAAAACUCUGCAUCCUGCUGUACAUGCUGGUAUAUUGUCUACCAAGUCCGAAAAGGAUAGAGCAGAUAUGAUCAAACGAGGAUAUGAUUUUGUGAGUGUCGUCGUGUGUAAUCUAUAUCCUUUUGUUGAUACUGUUUCCAAACCUAACGUAACCGUUGCAGAUGCUGUUGAGAAUAUUGAUAUAGGUGGUGUUACAUUACUAAGAGCUGCUGCCAAAAAUCAUGAUCGUGUUGUCAUUGUUUGUGAUCCAUCAGAUUAUUCAUUGAUUACAAAUAUUUUAGAGAGUGGAAAUCAAAACUCUUAUGAUGUUUUAUUAGGGGAAUCAAGUUUAGAUCUGAGGAGACGCCUUGCUCUUAAAGCUUUCAAUCAUACUGCAGAAUAUGAUACUGCCAUCUCCGAUUACUUUCGAAAAGAGUUCAGCCAGGGAAUUUCUCAGAUGCCUCUGAGGUAUGGAAUGAAUCCGCAUCAAAAACCUGCACAAAUUUACACAACCAGGGACCAGUUGCCGUUCAAAGUGCUUAAUGGAUCGCCAGGAUUUAUCAACUUCUGUGAUGCUCUGAAUGCUUGGCAGCUCGUUUCUGAACUCAAGCAAGGUUUGGGAAUGCCCGCUGCUGCAUCUUUCAAGCAUGUGAGUCCCGCAGGAGCUGCUGUGGCAGUGCCACUCUCAUAUGAAGAGGCAAAAGUGUGCAUGGUUGAUGAUUUGUAUAAAGACUUGACUCCAUUAGCAACUGCAUAUGCUAGGGCCAGAGGUGCUGAUCGAAUGUCAUCCUUUGGGGACCUUGUAGCUCUUUCUGAUCCUUGUGAUGCAGCCACUGCAAGAAUCAUAUCUAGAGAAGUUAGUUUUUCUUCUGUAAUUUAAAGCAUAAUAUUAAAA